AUGUCCCCGGGGGCGAGGGCGGCUCUGCAGAGCCUGGGGGACGUGAGCACGGACCUGACUUCGUGCUGGGGCCAUCGCAGGGAGCGCCUGGCACUGCUGGGUCCAGGGCUGGGGGCCCUCAGGAAAGCUGAUGAAUGCCGUAGAAUUCCUGUGCUCCUCCAAAAGGUCCAGAGCUGUAACAUCAUCAUGGCAGGCUUCAAGGGAAACAGCAUCUUCCCUCAAAACCCCUACCACAUCCCUGGCUAUGGGGGCUACGUUCCUCAAUUCACCUUCAUGUUUGGGGACACCUAUGGAAGAACCACCCACAAUCUCCUGACAGAUCCCAGCGUCAGGAAGAGCCCUCGCUCCCUGCUGGCACCACUGGACAACAAAGAAAACCUCCUCGAGUACCAUUACCACAUCGACCAUCCAGGAUAUGUCACCUACCAGCCCCUCAGGAGCCCUGCUGAGGUUCCCCUGGGGCCGCAGCCCGUGCCCUCGGUGCUGGAGGAGCCGCAGCCCUGGCGGUGCCCCCCGGGCCUGGCCGUGCCCGGGCCCCAGCAGAGCCCCCCGGAGCCGCUGCGGGGGCUGGCCCUGCACCCCGCGGCCCAGGAGAUGGACAGGGAGCUGGCCAUGGCACCCCUGGCCCGGCUCCUGGGAAAAGGGACUGGAGCCGGCCAGGGCAGCCCUGCAGGGAGCGGAACGCAGCUAGAAACCGGAGGUGUGACACUGCCAGGAGGGGUUGCAACAGCAGAUUACACACUGCCAGUGCUGCCUGUCCCAAAUGCCAUCCGACAGAAAGCCACUUUAGGGUACACUGGAUACAUCCCCUGCUCCCUGGACAACAUUGGCAUGACCUACCUCUUGUCUGUGAAGAAAGCCAUGAAGGAAUUUGACCGUCGCCAGCUUUUGGAGAGAAAUCCACCUUAUACAUUGGGCACAAGAUUCCCCCUGACACACUGGCCGGACACCAAAAUUUACAGCCGUGCAGGACUCAUACCUAACUACUUGGGCUUUGUACCACACCUGCAGGACAUCCACGGGCUCACCUACGGGGACGGUACACGGGAAUCGUACCGGUGUGAACAGAGGAGACGGGGUCUUGCACUGUGA